AGGAACUAACAGACAAACACGCACAUAAUAUCUCCCUCCCUCUCACGUAUACACCAAGCCCCACCCUGCUUCUUUUAGCCAAUUUGUAGCUGCACAGAUCUGUCAUUCGUCGCAGAAGCAGUCAUGUGGACACGACGAAAGCUCUUUCCCACGCUGGACGUGCCCGCGACGCCGCAGCCGGCAGCGGUGGUGACGCCGUUCUUCUUGGAGCAGCAAAAGAGGGGCGCCGGUGAUUACACGGUGGGCGAGAACGCCUAUCACUUUCUCGCCAGUCUCGGCUACACCCUUGUGCCUUCACUAACCGCGCAGGAGGCCGCGCAGCUUCUCGCGUGGGCGCUGCCACCGAGCUGGGUCGAUCGCACGGGCUCCACCACAUCUUCCACGGCGUACAAGGAUGCCGUGUCCUCUCUGCUCAAAAACGAAGACGUGCUACGCGCCUGCUCACAGGUGGAGUACUUCCUUUACGGUACGGACAACGGCCAGGUGUUCCUCAUGCCCUUGCUACCCCCUCAUUUGCUGCAAGUAUUGAUGGCCGAGGCUGGGGACGAUGUGCUGCCGGGUCUCGUACAAAGAUGCAGGCGGGAGGCACAGCUCUUGCAGGCGGCGAGCAGCAGCGCCGGCGCCGCUCCACCUGCAGUGCACCGCGUCUCUGCGAAUUGUGUGGGUCGCCGCCUGCUGCACCGCCACGCUCGCGAGGAGCCCGUGACAGGCCUCGACCACCUUGGCGUGCUGGCCGCGUCGGCCACGGCGUCCGUCGAUCACGCAGUCGCGCUCAGCAUUUUCCACCCAACCCCGGCGGGUGUGGUGAGCAUUGCACACCCCUGUCCUGUGCGUUCGCUGAAGUUGUGGGAGGGGGCGGUGUUCACCGCGGAGGAGGCGGAGGGCAACAGUGACGAGGACAAGGACAGCGCAGAUGCCGGCCGGCGGCGACGGUGGUUGGCGCAGGUGCGGGCGGCGGAGCCCGUCGCCGUGUACGUCUUCACCGGCGACAGCGCGGGCAUCGUGCGGCUGUGGCGCGUGGACGUGGUGCGACGCACCUACGCCUUGCAGCACGUUCUUGUGUGCAGCGGGAAUAUGACCGGCAUGCUGUCUCCGCUCACGCCGUUUGCGCGGGAGGACACGACGGCGACGGUGCCGUCGCGGGCGUCGGACUGCGCCCUGCACUGUCUCGAGAUCGAUGCGGCGAGCCAUCGGCUCUUUGGUGGGACAGAAGGCGGCGCCUAUGUGUGGGCGCUUGAUGCGCUGCCGUGGCGUGGUCCGGGCGCGGUCCCGACGGCCUCUCACGCCACCUCCUCUUCCGACAGCACCAACGACGCCAAUCCUACAGCAAAUGAAACGAGCGACGCGGCGGCCCCGACGCCGGCCAGUCUCGCGGUGCGCCACCCGUUGUGCUGGGAUGAAGAUCACCGUAGCCCGCUGCCCUGCGCGCUGCGCUGCUGGGAGGCGGCGGCCGCACCGUCGGCGCCUUCCUCUCCUCCCGGCGCGAGCACCGCGAAGGCGGUUGAGUACCGCGCGGCGCGGCUGGUGACCCACCACGUGUGGAUCUUAGACGCGGCGGCGGUGCAGGCGGAGAUGGCCCGGGCGCGGGCGCAGCAGCGGCAGGGCGGCGGGGGCGGCGCGGGGGUGCGCGGGUGGAAGGCGAAGUACGAGCGCGUCCUCACAAACGGUGCCGCCGUCGGCGUGGUGAGCAACGACGUGCGGCUGACGGCGGUCGACGCAGAAAGCAACAACAGCGCCGGCGUGGCUGCGCGGCUGACGAACUCCAUCGUCACGGUCAGCUUCGACGGCGGGGAGGUCAAGAACGACUUCCGCGUGCCGUUGUCGUGUGUCAUGCCGGUCGUCUACCCGCUGACGUUCUUGCGCACGCCUGGCACGGCGUGUUUUGCCCUCCGCGUGCUCGCGCCGCGCCGCCGCGUGUUGACGAGUUGCGCCGAUGGGAGGGUGUGUGUGUGGGUGAGCAAGCCCGGCGAGGACGCGCACGCUGCAGAGACCUACGCGCCGCAGCUGCUCACGGAGCACCGCCAGGCGCACCGCGGCUUGGGCCGGCAUCUGUGUGUGCUGCGGUCGCCCGACAUCUUCGUAUCCGCUUCCUUCGACGAUGGGUUGGUGAAGGAGUGGCACGUGUACGACGCGCCGGAAGUGCUGCUGCGCUGCGCACGCCGCUUUACGCUUACGCCGUACGUCGCAAAUGGCGCCAUGACUGCCGGCGGGAGUGGCACUGGUAGUGCUGGGAGCGCGGAGGAGCUGACGGACAUAUUCAAACGCAUUGCGCAGGCGGGUGGCGAGGAAGAGAGGAAAGGGAAGACGAAAAAGGCGGAGACGGCGGGCCACGCAGGCGACAACGGGGAGGAAGAGGAAGAGGAGGACGCGGUGGCGGCGGUGGAAGACGGUGACGUGGUGGCGGGCAUUUCCUGCGCCGCCGCUUACCCCGCCUUUGGCGCGCUCUUCCUUGUCGGUGCGUUUGAAUCUGCGAUUCAAACUUACAGCUUGACCGAGGUGGUGGGCUGCGAGCCGCCGCGCAACUUCAUCUACAACGGCCACAAGACGGUGCACCUGCCCGCCUCGAUGGCGGAAGAUGUCUACCAUGCGCUGUAG